UCGUGACGUCACCGCGCCAACCCCGGAAGCGGUGCCCUCGCGAGUCAGUCGUGUUUACGGUUUUGUGAGCGUCGUGUGGAUCACGGAUGUGUGUUUCCGGGCUUCGCGUGCCCUUAACUCGUGCUGUACGGUGUUCGGUGAAGCGCACGCGCUGCAGUGGUGGAGAUGAUCCCGGUGUCGGUGGUGGUGUGUGUGAUGGGAGGAUGGUGCUCGGUUUAUCUCAUGGACACUCUGAUCAGGUCGUCCAGCUCGCUGAAGGUCCGGUAUGAAUCGUGGCUCUCGUCCAGCGGUGUGUCUCUGUCCCCCUUCCACGUGCGCUGGAACACCAGUCUCUUCAACUCGCUGUUUGCCAGAUGUGCACGCCUCAACCCCCACUUCCUGUACAUAUGGUUCAGUGCUGGGAUGGUGUUCGGUGUCGUGGCCAUGUUCGGCUCGGUUCUGCUGCUCGCUCGCACUCUGCUGCAGACUUUGGCUCAGAUGAUGGCCGACACACCCGACGGUUCCCAUGAGCAGGUUCUGCAGGUGGUGGUUCCAGGUGUGAAUUUGCCCGUCAGUCAGUUGGCCUAUUUCUUCAUCGCUAUUCUGCUCAGUGGAGUAAUACACGAGUUUGGCCACGGGGUGGCAGCACUGAGGGAGCAGGUGAGGCUGAACGGCUUCGGCAUGUUUCUGUUCGUGAUUUAUCCUGGUGCCUUUGUGGAUCUCUUCACCACUCACCUGAACCUCAUCUCACCUGUCCAGCAGCUGCGGAUAUUCUGCGCAGGCGUGUGGCACAACUUCAUGCUGUGUGUUGUGGCGGUGUGUUUCCUCCUCCUGCUGCCGCUCCUCCUCUUCCCCUUCUACUACACUGGGGCAGGAGCGCUGGUCACUGAGGUGGUGGAGGGUUCUCCGUCCAGCGGCCCCCGAGGCCUGUUUGUGGGAGAUCUGGUCACUCGGCUGGAGGACUGUGAGGUCAGUGGUGUGGACGACUGGCACUCCUGCAUCCAGCAGCUCUCGCUCCAGCCUCAGAGAGGAUACUGCGUCCACCACGACACCCUGCAGCUGAACCGCGCCGCCGGCAGAGAGUUCAAGCGCCUGGACGGAACAAUGGAGUGCUGCAGCAACAACAGUCUGACUGACCUCUGCUUCUACUACUACACUGAGAGUAAUAACAAACUGACACAGUUUGCAUGUUUACCUGCUCGGAGGACGAUCCAGGUGAGUGGUAGGUGUCGCAGUAACUCGGACUGUGAAUCAGACGUGACUCCGAGUGUGUGUGUGAUCCCGUCGCUGGAGAAUCAGACUCGUCUGAUCCGGGUGAAACACGCCCCGCAGGCCGACAUGCUGUUUGUGGGCUACGUGUCGCACCUACAGUACUCAGUGAGUCUCACGAACUUCGUUCCUCGACUUGGUUUCCUUAACCUUGACCUGCCGGUGAUGCUGGAGACGCUGUGCAAGUAUCUGUUGUCACUGUCCGGCGCUCUGGCCGUGGUGAACGCAGUGCCGUGCUUCUCUCUGGACGGUCAGUGGAUGCUGAACGCUUUCCUGGAGGCCACGCUGAGUUCUCGUCUCCCGGAGAAGAGCAGCCGGGAGCUCCUGGGGUUCUUCGUCCUGCUGGGGGGCAGUGCUCUGCUGGCCGCUAAUGUCGCUCUCGGGUUAUGGAUGGUCACGGCUCGAUAACGGACAGCUUUCUCCUCCAAUCGGUGAUUGGGGGAGGGACUUUGUAUUUUUCUUUAUUAAUUCACCCCAAACUUCCAUUAAAAAAGCAGUUCUUUGAAAAGCCACCUUCUCUUGAAGGUCCUUUAAAGUUUCUGUACUUUGUACAGUCGGAAAUUGUGCACCAGUGUUUCUGAUUCAUUGUCCUUUAAAUGUACAGACGAGGAGAGUGGAGCGAAUAUUUUUGUGUAAAUGUCACUUUUUUAAGCAAGCCAGUCUCUGUAAAUAUAUUUGAACAUAAACAAGGCAGCG